AUGUCCAAAACGGUGUUCUCUAGAUCUCCUGUUAUCUCUCCAACAGUGCCAACCUUGAUGUGCUGGUUCAAAGCAAACGAGGUGGCAGACUUGAUCAAACCUUCCAGCUCGGCACCAGAAAAGUUCUUGGUGAGCUCAGCAAGCUUGGUCAAAUCAACGUCUUUGCCCAACGACCCGUUCUCCUUCAUUUUCUUGGUCUUGAUCUCUAAAAUCUGUUUUCUACCGUCUGCAUCAGGCAAGUGA